AAGCAGGAAGCAGAGGGCGGGGCUGCCAAGCUUUCCAGCCACCACUCCUGGCGUCUGAAGCCCUCCUCACAGACCUUAGAGAUCCGUUUCUUCACCAGCAUUUGCGGAGCCUGAAGGAGAAGCAGUGAGAAGACCAGCAUUUGAACCCGAGGUCGAUAUAUUAACCGGAGUCUUUUCGUGCGGCAGGCAUGGAGUUGAGUGUGGCUUUUGUGGCCCUUCUGACCACCUGUGUUACUUGCCUACUGCUCUUUUGGAAGGGGAAGGGACAAAACAGAAAGGGGCUCUUGCCCCCCGGACCUCGCCCACUCCCGAUUGUGGGCAACCUGUUCCAGCUUGAUUCUAACAUGCUCAAGACCCUCUUGGAGUGGAGAGAGAGAUAUGGCUCCGUGUACACCAUAUAUCUGGGUUCCCAGCCUUUUGUGGUGCUGUGUGGAUACCAGGCUGUGAAGGAGGCCCUGGUGGACCGAGGCGAGCAAUUCAGUGACCGUGGUGAUUUCCCUUUGCUAUUCCGAUACACCCAAGGGGAUGGAGUUGCUUAUGCUAAUGGAGAGAAAUGGAAGGUGUUGCGGCGAUUUUCUGUGCAGACAUUGCGUGAUUUUGGGAUGGGUCGGCGCAGCAUCGAGGAGCGGAUCCAAGAGGAGGCCCAGUGUGUGGUGGAAGAGCUUGCAAAGACCAAAGAGGAGCCCGUGGACCACUCUUUCCUGAUCAGCUGUUCUGUCUCCAACGUCAUCUGCUCCAUCAUCUUCGGAGAUCGGUUUGACUACAAGGAUGAGAAAUUCCUCACUUUAGUUGGACUGGUGAACGACAACUUCCGGUGUAUGAGUUCCUGGUGGGGGCAGAUGUACAACCUGUUCCCUCAUGUCAUGUAUUACCUCCCUGGACCCCACAACAGAAUUUUUGAGAAUUUUGAAAAGUUGGAUCAAUUUAUCCUGGAGAUGACCAAGACGCAUCAAGAGACCCUGGACCCCAAUUUCCCUCGCGAUUUCAUUGACUGCUUCCUUCUCAAAAUGCAGCAGGAAAAGGAGAAACCCUCUGCUUACUUCUACAUGAACAGUCUGGUGAAGACCACCCUUGAUGUUUUCUUUGGGGGCACUGAGACAACAAGCACCACCCUCCGAUUUGGCAUCCUCAUUCUCUUGAAGUACCCUGACAUGCAGGCCAAGGUCUAUGAAGAGAUCAGCCGGGUUGUUGGCCCUCAUCGUAGCCCAUUGUUUGGGGAUCGGGUGCAAAUGCCUUACACGGAGGCCUUCCUCCAUGAGGUCCAGCGGCUUGCUGAUAUCUUGCCUAUGGGCAUCCCCCGCGCUGUUACGACCGAUACUCACUUCCGUGGCUACGUGCUCCCUAAGGGCACCAACGUCAUCCCUGUUCUUUACUCCGUCCACAAAGAUGUCACCCAGUUCAAAGACCCGGAAGCAUUCGAUCCCACCCACUUCCUGGAUGAGAAGGGGGGCUUCCGUCGGUGUGAUGCUUUCAUGCCUUUCUCAGCUGGGAAGCGCAUGUGUUUCGGAGAGCCCUUGGUCCACAUGGAGCUUUUCCUCUUCCUCACCACCCUGGUCCAGCGCUUCACCCUCCAGCCUCUGAUCCCAACAGAGGAAAUCCACAUCUCAUCGAGGAUAAGUGACUUAGGGAAAGUUCGACGCACAUACAAAUUCCGAGCCAUCCCCCGUUGAAUUCCACCAGCGUUCCUCGUGCAUCUUUCUGCCGGUGGGCCCUUUCUCUCGCUGUCUGCUCUAGGUUUCUGUGUCUCUUUCUGCCGUCUUGUAAAUAUGAUGCAGUGGUCAUUCUGGUCUGCUGGAGGCCAGGGGAUAGUGAAUGACUGUAUUACUGAGGGUGAGAAGACCAGAAAAUGGACAGCGCCAGAGCUGGGGGGAGGAGACCAGACACCUACUUUUUUAAAUAACGAAAGCUUGGAAUUUAGAGAACUUAUAAUGCAAUGGUAUAUUGAUGCAUUGAUUUUUAGUGCUGUUUUUAAAAAAAUGAAAAAUGAAACCACUUGUUUUCGGGGUGGGGGGGAGGAAAGGGAGUAGUUUGAUGAUGACCACAGUUCAGUAAUUGAAUAGUGGACUGGAGGUGAGUGGGACAAAGAAGACCAACAGAAAUGUUAGGCAGGAGGGAAAAGGUGUCUCAGAAUCAGCUUCCAAAAAAAGGUAACGGUGCCUACAGUAAGUGGGGAAAAUGACCUUCCUUCCUUCCUUCCUUCCUUCCUUCCUUCCUUCCUUCCUUCCUUCCUUCCUUCCUUCCUUCCUUCCUUCCUUCCUUCCUUCCUUCCUUCCUUCCUUCCUUCCUUCCUUCCUCCCUCCCUCCCUCCCUCUUUUCCUUCCUUCCUUUCUUCCUUCCUCCCUCUUUUCCUUCCUUCCUUCCUUCCUUCCUUCCUUCCUUCCUUCCUUCCUUCCUUCCUCCCUCUUUUCCUUCCUUCCUUCCUUCCUUCCUUCCUUCCUUCCUUCCUUCCUUCCUUCCUUCCUUCCUUCCUUCCUUCCUUCCUUCCUUCCUUCCUUCCUUCCUUCCUUCCUUCCUUCCUUCCUUCCUCCUUGGUUGGUACAACUUCAGACUUCUCUGACAAGAGGUGGUUAGAACUGCUCAUCCCCAGAUUUAAUGGGAUUAAAGGGAGGCCUCUUUUACUUGGUUAAGAGUUCUCUUUGGCUGCAUGAAUCAGCUCUAAAAUGUAUGCAGGAAAACUGAAAUGAACCAAUAAAUCAUAGAAAGAA